GUCGGAUCCAAAUAAUACUCGAUACCCACACGCACUCUCACUCGUCACGUGUCUUCUAUAUGCAGAAAGAAAUCGGGUCAAGAAAUCGCAAUACUCUCCCCACCCACUCUCUCUCCCGACGUCUUCUUCAUCACUCCCUCUCUCUAUCUUUCUCUCUCUGUGUGUGUGUCUUUCUACCAAAAAGCCUAAAACCCAGUUGGUUUCACAGAAUUCUGUAUUUGGGUUUUUGUUUCCAUGGACUCUAACCGGCCGUAGACGCUCGUCGCCGGUUAACCCUCAAUGACUCUCCUCGAUUCCCCCACCAUCGAUUGCGUUCAACAACGCAUCAAACGGAAGCUCGAAGAUUUCAUCGACGAUGACCUCUCCUCCUCCGACUUAGUCUCCGUCAGGAUGAGAAAAGACGAUCCUAACCCCGACUCCCCUUCUUCUACUGCCACCCUCAAUUCCUUCCCUGAUCAAAUCACCACUCAUCAUCCUCAUUUCCAACCUAGGGCUUCUUCCAGUUCCAUUUGUUCUUUCCCCAAUUUCACCCAAUUCUUCGUUCGGAUGAUCUCAGGGGGUAAAACCCUAGUUCUCCAUGGAAACCCUGAAGAUAAAAUCAUGUCGAUCCACGAGAAAAUCCAAUCCGCCACUGGAAUUCCGUUGAUGGAGCAAAGGUUAAUUUAUGGCGGGAAGCAGCUUCACUGGGAGCAAAGCCUGUCUCAGUGUGGGAUCACAAACGACUCCGGGUUGCAUUUGGUUGGUCGAAUGCGAAGCACGGGACAUCCGCAAGCUUGGCAAGUCGUCGAUGAUUUAGUUUCCGUCAUCUGCAGGCUGUGUAAAGGCGAAAGAGGGGUUUGCAUAAAGUCUGUCAAAUCCAGGUUAAUGGAAUUCUUAAACAUGACACCCAAAGACGGAAUCGACCAUGCCGCUCCUUACCUGAAUAUAUUUCUCUCUUCAUCCGCCAUUGCAGCACUGGUAAUGCUUUACAUGUCACCCCAUACGGGCAACAAAGAAUGUGCCGAAGACUCGAUUCAGCAUUUCAUCAAAUCCAGUAGGAACGUGUUACCGAGACCUAUAUAUCCUGAGUUCGCACCUAUAGUAUUAGAGUUCUGUAAAUUGCUUGGUAGAGCUACUGCCCAUGAUGAUCCUCUAUAUAAACUAUGUCGAAGUAGUCUAGGUUCAAUGGUGGAGCACGUCAAAAUAGGUAGAAAUUCAAAAUACUACGAUGGUAGUAGCUACAAAAAGGUGGUCAUAGCAGUUCAAGAGAUUUUUCCAUUUGUAGACGAGCUUGCAAAGAAGCUAUCUGAAGGUUUGAUUUCAAGUAUGGAGUCCAAUUUUGGUCCUUCCCCAAAUGACGUCCGUGAUUUUGCAGCAUUUGUGCGACCUCUGAAGGAUGCAAUCGUUAGCCAGGUACCUUUUGGGACUCUCAUACCAAUGCCAUACAAUCAAAACCUCCCUUGUUACAGUGAGGAAGUCAAAUUUCUUUACAUGCUGUUUUAUGACUUAUUGGCAAACCUGCAAUUGUGUCUGAAUAAAGUGGAGGAUGUUGUAAAGAAAGAGAAAGGAGACGGUGGGUGGGAUCAAUACCUUUCUAUCUUAAAAGAGCUGCAUUACAUUUCUGAACUAUAUCAAGGUGCAGAAGAUUACUUUUGGACGAAUUUGAAAUCUUAUAAAGCUUCUUUAUGUUAUUUAAUCGUUCGAUAUGCGAAAAGGGGUGAUGAUUAUAAAUGGAUUCUUGAUCAUAAAGAUCUCACAGACUUUGAAUCUAGAAGGCAUCUGGUUAUGAUGUUGCUUCCAGAACUAAAAGAUGAAUAUGAAGAGCUUCAUGAGAUGCUUAUCGACAGAUCACAACUGUUAUCAGAAUCUUUUGAGUAUAUCGCACGUGCAGACCCCGACACUUUGCGUGGAGGGUUAUUUAUGGAAUUUAAAAACGAAGAAGCCACUGGUCCAGGGGUAUUAAGGGAAUGGUUUUUCUUGGUUUGUCAAGCUAUCUUUAAUCCCCAAAACGCCCUUUUUGUUCCUUGCCCAAAUGAUCGAAGAAGAUUCUUCCCAAAUCCAGCAUCUAAGGUGGAUCCAAUGCACCUUGACUACUUUAGCUUUGCAGGAAGGGUGAUCGCGCUUGCAUUGAUGCAUAAAAUGCAAGUUGGGAUUGUAUUUGAUAGAGCAUUUUUCUUACAGUUAGCAGGAAUGAAUGUCUGUUUAGAAGAUAUAAAAGAUGCAGAUCCGUAUCUAUACAACAGUUGCAAACAGAUACUGGAUAUGGAUCCAUGUGCAGUUGACGAAGAUACCCUUGGGUUGACAUUCGUUUGGGAGAGUGAAGAGUUAGGUUCCAUGAAAGUUCUAGAACUUCUUCCUGAUGGAAAACAGAUAACUGUAAACAGUAAAAACAGAAAGGAGUAUGUUGAUCUUUUGAUUAAACAUCGGUUUGUGACAUCUGUUUCACAACAGGUAACACAUUUUGCUCGAGGAUUUGCAGAUAUUGUUACAGAUGAAGAGAUUCAAAAAUGUUGUUUUAAAAGCUUAGAGCUUGAAGAUCUUGAUGGAAUGUUACAUGGUAGUGAAAGUGAUGUUUCUGUUGAUGAUUGGAAGGCACAUACAGAAUAUAAUGGAUAUAAAGAUACAGAUCCACAGAUUUAUUGGUUCUGGAAGAUUGUGGGGGGAAUGAGUGCGGAGCAACGGAAGGUUCUUCUGUUCUUUUGGACAUCAGUGAAGUAUCUGCCGGUGGAAGGGUUUGGUGGGUUGGCUUCAAGGCUUUAUAUUUAUAAGUCAAACGAGUCCUUUGACCGACUUCCUUCUUCUCAUACCUGCUUUUACCGGAUUUGUUUUCCUGCUUACUCAUCAAUGGCCAUGAUGCAACAACGCCUCAAUGUCAUCACCCAGGAGCAUGUUGGUUGUAGCUUUGGAACAUGGUGACAAUGCUCCCCUCCCCUCCGCUUGUACAGAAGAUAUUAUCUUUAUAUAUAUAUAUAAAUAGGGUAAAUUAUGAUGAAAUUUUCUAAUUAGACUUGCAUGAUAUGAUGUUUUCUUUUGUUUGUUGCCUUCGCUUGAUGCUAGGGUUUUUAGUCUUUGUGAUCAACUGUUUAUAUAUAUAUAUAUAAUAUAUAUGUUAUGUGGGGAAUAAAGAAGGCGGUUUUCUUCA